AUGAACCUGUGCUACGCGGCCAAGCAUGGCGACAUGCUGGAGUGCUUCCGCCUCGCUGCUGGCGGCUUUGAUGUGGCGGCCGUCGACUACGAUGGGCGCACGCCCAUGGUGAGAUGGCCGCACGCCCAUGGUGAGAUGGCCGCACACCCAUGCCAAGAACGCUUUUUGACCUCCUUUCCCCACCACACCACGCCACACCAUGUCCUCCUCCACCUUCCCCGCUCUCCCCUCAUCCCCUUCCAUGGGCAGCACCUGGCGGCAGUGACAGGGCAGGACAAGGUGCACCUGGCGGCGGUGACAGGGCAGGACAAGGUGGUGGCGUUCCUGCUGGCGCACGGCGCGCAGGUGAACGCCAAGGACGCCUUCUGGCGCACCCCCCUGCAGGAGGCCGUUGCUGCCGGCCACUGGAGCACCGCUGAGAUCCUCCGCAGGUCAGUGCGCUCCCCAUUGCUCUGCCUCUGCUCUGCCAUUGCUCUGCCAUUGCUCUGGCAUUGCUCUGCCUCUGCUCUACCUCUGCUCUACCAUUGCUCUGCCAUUGCUCUGCCAUUUCUCUGCCAUUGCUCUGCCAUUGCUCUGCCAUUGCUCUGCCAUUGCUCUGCCAGUGCUCUGCCUCUGCUCUGCCUCUGCUCUGCCAUUGCUCUGCCAUUGCUCUGCCAUUGCUCUGCCAUUGCUCUGCCAUUGCUCUGCCUCUGCUCUGCCUCUGCUCUGCCUCUGCUCUGCCACUUUUCUGCCAGACACCUCGAAAGGCAGAAGUGCAGCGCGCCCUGGCACCUGCUCUGCUCUGCGGUUCCCCAUUUGCAGUGUACCCUCUUUGCUACUCACGUGCUGGCACUCCACUUCUCUGUUCCCUUCUCUUUCACACCCCUACUUCUCCCAUCUUUCACUACUCCCCUUCUCUCUCCACCGCCGCCUUCCUCCCCACUUCGUCCCCCCCUUACUCCCCACAUCUUCCCCCAGCCACCAGGGAAUGACCCAGCCGCGCAAUCACCGCAAGCACACGUGCCACCUCGCCUGCUCCACCACAACCACCGGGCGCGCCUUUCACUCCCCCUCCCUCCCGCCUUUCCAGUCCUGCAGGUGAGCCCCAUCCGUGCACUCAUGCGCACUCAACUUGUCAAUCCCUUGCGGUGGAAUUGA